UUAACAUCAACACACUGAUCCUGGAGCGCUGUGAACAUGGCAGCCGUUGUAAGGUCGAGAAUAUAUUUCUCUUGUGUUGUACGUUUCUCUGACCGUGAAUCUAUUGCUUGAACUAAUCAGCAAGCAGAUAGAUAUGGCUGACACCAGAAAUUCUGCAGGAGCUGAUGAUGACAUUGCUCUUGGUGACAUAACUGACCACAGUGUAUCUGGUCCUGAGGGCAAUCAGGAUCCAGAAUCUGUGCUUGCCACAUUCCGUGAGGAGUGGCAGCGGGAGUUGGUGGGAACUCCCAAUCAGAAAGGUCUCUAUCAUGCACCUGCAAGAUCUCCCUCAAGAGGGACAUCCAAGGGAGUCUUUCAGGGAUCCCAGGGGCCUUCAGGUCCAGCCAGAGGAAGCCCAAGAGUUGUGCAGAGGACUCAGACUCCAGGGACUGAUGGAGGCAGCAGUGGUGGGACUGUUAGUAGUGGUGAAAGUGUUGGGGGCAGUGGUACCGGUAGCACUGGAAGAGUGGAAGAAGAAAUAAGACCUGACAUUGAACUAAAGGCAACUGAACUGUUCAAUAAAGCAGUGGAAUUGGAGCAAAGUGGGCAGCUGUAUGAAGCCAUUCAGUUCUACAGACGAGCCAUGACCCUUGUUCCUGACAUUGAAUUUAGGGUUCAUCGUCGAAAUGUUCUGGAGAGGAAUGAAGGGUACCGUGGGACAGCUGUUGAAAGUGAAGAUUCAGCAACUGAGGAUGACCUUGAUGAAGAGGAGCUGCAGGACCUGGUCAUGCGAUUCCAAAUGCUCAUGGCUCCCACUCAGGCAAUGUGUGUGCCACAGUUUGACCAGGAGGCUCCACACAUAUCAUGUUUGCCACCCGAGAUGCUGGAGCGUAUCAUGUGCUGGGUAGUUGGCAGUGACCUGGAUAUGCGCUCAUUGGAACAGGUCUCUAGAGUGUGCCAAGGCUUUUACCUGGUGGCAAGGAACCCGGAGAUAUGGCACAAAGCCUGUCUCAGGAUUUGGGGGAUCAACUGUGGAGUGUUGGGUGCAUUUGGGUCGUGGCGAGAGAUGUUCAUCCACCGACCUCACCCACGCUACAAUGGCUGUUAUAUUUCUCGCACAACGUACUUCCGUGCCGGAGAGAGUAGCUUCCAAGACCAAAACUACCAGCCGUGGCACUUGGUCCAGUAUUACCGAUAUGUGAGAUUCUUCUCAGAUGGCGUGGUCACCAUGUUGACUACUGCUGAUGAGCCAUCAGCUGUUGUGUCGCAUCUGCGAACUAGAGAAGUGAGAAAUCCACAGGUACUGCGAGGACAUUACCGCAUACAUGGGUCAAAUGUUUCGCUGAUUUUCAAGCGACGGUCUCGGGAGAUGAUGAGUAAUAGGAGGAAGGGGCGCAGGCGUAUAGGUGGAACCACUGAUGUCGCUGAAACCAUCUUUCAGAUUGAGUUUGAGAUCCGACCAGUAAGAGAGAGGCCUCACUGGAUGCUAGUGUGGAGGAAUUACACCAUUAUUUCUGUUCAUUUUGAUGACAAACAGAAUGUAUCACAUAUUGACGUCAGUGAUACCAACAAGUUUCCAUUUUUGGCUUUUUCACGUGUUAAGAGCUUUACAUUGCACAGUGAUAUGCCUCUCAUUUAAUUCCCUGUGGUAGGUAUUUGGCCAGGAUUAUGUGUUAAAUUGUGCAGUCUCAUAUCCUCGAACUGAUCCUUAACCCCAUGCUUAUUACAGCUCCUGAUGACUGUGUUAACGUGUAUUGUUAAUGCCGUACAUUGAUAUAACAGCUUGUCUGUGUGGUAAGGAAGGGGUUAAGCCAUUAAUACUUUUAGAUGGAAUUUUAUUGUAACUUGUGGUUAUUUGUAAUUAAAUUUAAUGACUCCGUAACAAAUCUAAUGUCACUUCCUUGGAUGGGAUUGAUCUUAUUGGAUGAAUAGAUGGAUUAGUCUAUUACUCUGAUCAGUAUUUUAAUUAUUAAGUGGAAGAUCUUGUAAUGUUUGUCAUUAAUGUUUACCGUUAUGCAUAUUAGAUCUUGCAUAGUGUGCUCUACAUUCUAAAUUAGUUUGUACACGAGUAACCAAAUGAGUGAUUGGUAGGUCCCACAUGAUAAUUUUGGGAUAUGUUCUUUGUCUUAAAAGAAACUCAUGCACAUUUUCCCCUGGAGAAAAUGUAUUUGCUUAAGGUAAGCCUUGUAUGUCUGAAAGUUCAAAUUUUAUGUGGAAAAGCCCUGAUAUUUUUCACAGAAGAGCAUAAGAGUGUUUCCAUAUUGCUUAUGUAUCCUCUUUUAUUAAUAUUGAUUUUUUGUUAAAUUACCUAUACUGUCAUUACAAUUGAAACAGUAAACAAUUCUAUUAUGUUGAUCACUUCAGAUUCGACAUUGUAGCUUUUCAUCAUAAUUUUCUACUUUAGAAAUUUCAGACAAACCAGAAUUAAUGAGUUGACAAAUAAAUAUCUAUUUGACUUAGGGUUUGUAUGCAAGUGGAAAAGAACUGCCUACUUGAUACACCAUUCCAGGAAAAAAAUCCUUGGAAACAGUCUUAGUACAAGACCAGUAGUGAUUUCAUGUGAUCAUGUUAGUUUAAAAAGUUCAUUGUUUAAGUAUAAAUAGAUUAGCACUUAUCUAGUACUGUUGUAUAUUGAUUGUAGAAAGGAAACAUACCUUAUUAAGUUUUAAGUUGCUAAAGGGAAAAUGAAACUUUCAUUGAUCACCUCUGCAUUUGCAGACAGUAAACUAACCUGAUGUUAUUUUAACAGUGUAGGAAUAAAGGGACAAGAGAGAUGAAAGCAGAUAUGUAGUGUUAAGGUGACCUGGAGGUUCCUGUAUUGUGACCACCUUCCCUGGAGGAGUGAGCCAUCAUAGAUAAGAUAGAUACAGGUGUUCUGUAUUUAUCCUUAACUUUCAUAGUUUAUUGAUUGUGUUACAUAUAGAGGUGAACAAGAGAUCAUUUCCUUUCCUUCAGUACAAAUACUGUAUUUAUUCUACAGUGGCUGUCAUAAGUACAGUUCACUGUAAUUGCAUAUUAACGACAACAAAGAUUUUCUACUUCACAUAAGUGAACUUCUGUACCAGAUCACAAAAGAAUGAACAGAGCUGUUUCCUUUAAAAUUUUGAAAUACAGCACUUAUUGGUGUUUGUAUUGUGAGCAAAAACUUUGUUGGCCUGCUUUGGGGGUAACUACCACUGAGCAAUAGUACAUGUUCCUGGUAAGAUCAACCUAUUUGUAUCAGUCUUAUAUUAUGACUCUUAGUAUUACAGUAUUUGAUCUUGAAGUAUUCAGGUGUGUGUGUGUACCUCUGGUAUUCCAGUUCCAGAUUUUAGGAACUUAUUUUCUUUGUAUUUGGAUAGACUAGAAUGUAAAGUGAAGCUUUAUUCUCACAUUUGAGUUCAAAAUGCUUGGAACUGAUUGUUUAUAUUUGAGUAAACCAAAAUAUAAAAUGAAACUUUUAAGUGUAUAACUUGAGUCGGUGUUUGUCAAGUUCAAGAUUGAAAUAUAUUAGUUUUAUAUAAUAGAGAUAUACAUUAUUGAAUACCUGUUUGUUGUGAAACAUACACAAAUUAUUUAUAAAGAAUCCGAUUAAGGCCGUUAAUUAGACCUUGAUUGUAUAUUUUUUAAAAGAAUGUUACUGUAUCAGAAUUGCCUUGAUCUUAUAUGCCUUAGUAAAGUCAUAUUAUACAAAUAGGAAUCAAUGUUAAUGUUUUGGUGUACAUUGCUGUAAGAUGCAAGUCUGUACCCAUCAUGAUAUGCAAAGUAUAUAUCAGUUACAUUACUGUAAGGUAGUGUACAUCAAAGGUAUUCAGUCAUGCUAUUUGCUCAGUUCAAGUUGGUUGCACCAUUAAAUUCAUAAUGUUGCAACUUUUGUCAAAUAGUAUCUUAGAUUUUAUCCAUCCAUGUUGCUUUUCUCUUUAUCCUUAUUUUCUUGUUUUGUUUCUUUAUUUCAAGUAAUAGGGCAGAUGGUUUUACAAGGAAUUCUGUAUAAGUAUUUAUAGGUAAGCCACAAUCCUAUUUUGGAGCUGAUUUUGGAGUAUGUGAACGAGCAAUGAGGAGUGACGUGUUACAACUGACCUCGGUAUGUCUCCAAGGAAAAUGCUUCUUGGAUCCUAUAUACUGUACAGGUAUGUUUGGGUAUUAGGGUGCUGUAAUGAUUUGUUUUUUAUACACCUACAGAGCAGAAGAUAUUAUAAUGUAUCAUUGUCAGCCUGUAAAACUCUGGUAUAGUUUCGUGUUUAUUUUUUAUUUUUAUUUUAUUUUUUAUUUUAUUUAUUACAGUACAGCUCCUCCCCGACUUACGACGGGGUUAGGGACCCAAAUCCAGGUCGUAAGUCGAAAAUGCUUAAA